CGCAUCAUCUUCUCUUCAUUUCCAUCCUCCAAGAUCAGAACAAUCUUGGGCCCCUCAGGCCACCACAUCGCAGCCACCAGAAUACUCGCUCUAGUUGUUAUCAUCGUCAUCAUCAUCGAUAGAAGUUAUUCGAGUGCUUCUAUCCGGGUCUUCCCCCUCUUCCGACUCAUUUUGCAGUUGCCUGCGUCGUCUCAGAGUGCGACCUCUGCCUGCCUGGUGCUUGACAUACACACCAACACCAACCACCACCAUCACCAGCAACAACCACAAAAAAAGCCAUGGUCUCGAUUGUAGACGCCGAGCAGGCAAGAAACUUGUCGCUCUUCCGACCUCUAGGCUACCAACGCAACUCUUGUGGCUACUGUAAAUCUGAUGAUGGCUCUGCCUCCUACUACACUAGCUCGGUCUCUGUGCGACCGGCCCAUUAUGAGGCCCUUGUCAACCGGGGCUGGAGAAGAUCGGGCACGCUGUACUACAAGCAGAACCUGCAGCGGUCAUGCUGCCCUCACUAUACGAUGAGACUGGAGGCAUCGGACUUCAAACCUCGUAAGGAUCAACGCAAGGCUGUGAACCGCUGGAACAAGUUUGUUCUCGGUCCUGAAUACAUCCGUCGAGCCGCAUAUCUCUGUCCCAAGACACGGGAGGAAAAGAAGAGCCGCAAGUCCCACUUUGACCUCCCGGGGGCCGUCCACGAAGCCGAGUAUAGCAAUGUGAAACGGCCCAUUGAUCCGAAGACGAAGAAGUAUCUCGAGCCCGCGCAUCGAUUCGAGGUCAAUCUGGAGGGCGACUCCCUCUCUCAGGCCAAAUUCGACCUCUUUCGCAAGUAUCAGACUACAGUCCACAAGGAAGACGUCUCGAAGUGGCAGACCAAGGACUUCAAGCGCUUCCUUUGCUCGGGUCUGACGCGCUCGCCCGCCGAUCCGAAGAAGUCGGACGAGAAGAAGCUCGGGUCGUGGCAUCAGUGCUACCGUCUCGAUGGCAAGCUCAUCGCCGUGGCUGUAUUAGAUCUGAUGCCUAGUGGUGUGAGCUCUGUAUACAUCUUUUAUGACCCAGACUACGAACAAUGGGAAUUCGGCAAGCUGAGUGCAAUGCGGGAGAUCGCUUUUGCUGUGGAGGCUCAAUAUCCGUACUACUACAUGGGAUACUAUAUCCAUACAUGUCAGAAAAUGCGCUACAAGGGAACCUUUAAACCCCAGUACAUCCUCGACCCCGAAUCCUACGCCUGGGACCCCCUCGACGGCGAACUCGCCCAGAAACUCGACACUCGACCCUACGUCUCCCUUUCCCGAGACCGCCAAGCAGCAACCACCACCACUACUGCUGAGAAGAUUCCUGAGUCUGACACCGCUGAUGCGGAGAUCAACGACGAGGACAUGUCACUCUUUGACCUGCACAUGCCUGGCGUGUUGACUCUGGACGAAGUGAAGGCGCUAGACCUGGACCACUGGUUGCUUCUAGUGCAUGGGUCCUUUGUACAUAUGAUCGACCUGGUCGGUUGGGAGAGAAUGCCAAUAGACAACCCCCAGUCGGUGAAGGGGAUUGUCGCCGAGUUGGCGGCGGUGCUGGGACCGGAGGUCUUCAAGCAGAGCGCCGUGGUGUUAUUUGAUUAGACCUCUAAAGUGGGUUGUAGUCAGGACUCAGUGGAUAUAUAGUGGCUUAGUUCUAUAUAGUUCUAUAUAGUUAUCGAACUAGCUGUUUGAAAGCAGGUGGCGCGUGAUACCCGGAUGUAUCAGACCCUACCUGAUCUACC